CUCUCCAGGUGGUAUUGGGCGUUUUAUUGCCAUCUGAGGUGCAGCGCGACAAACUCAAGAAUUAACAAACACAACAACUACCUUUUCCCACAAGCUAUCCACGACUAACAUUGCAUUUACUCUAGAUUUAUGUGGAGGAUGUGUUUUUUUUAUUUGAACGACACGUGUUGAUUUUUUUCAAUUAUUAUUCAAGGGGAAGUGGAUCAUUAGAAAAGGUGUUAUCGCCGAUCGGAUAAGUAAAUACGAUAAAUAGGAAAAGAGUAUGAAGGUUGUGGCGCUCAAGGUGUAGGGACGCCUGUCCUCCGUUGAUAUUCAUGUACUAUCGCAAAAGCCAUUUAUUUAUCGUCGGGAAUGUUAUGACAUUACGGUCGGAGAGGUCACCAAACCCAUUAGGCUGGCCUCCACUGCCUCCACUCGUAUGAAGGCGCCCUUGUUCAGUGUCCUGAGUGAAACGUCAUACAGGAGAGAGUAUGGUCUCAAGGAGAGGAGGGAGGGGCAGAUCGCUAAAGGUUUUGACGACGGGAAGACGUGUCUUCUCGUCUUCGCUGUCUGCCCCUGCAGGAGAACUCCACCUGAAGGAGGGACACGAGGAAUAGAACGACGGAGUCGUUUCUGUAGGCCCCGAAUACGUUUGACCACAUUACAUGGCGCGUCUGCGAGAAGGGUCGUUUUAUUGUCCAACCGGCUACACAACGGCGGUCACAGUCAAACGUAAAGUCUACGCUCCACGACAUCAUUGACGAGGAGGACAGCUCGGCUCGGAGACGAAGCCAGCGGGCGGCUUCGUCUACGGGAUUGGCAUGUACAUUUUCCCUGUGACAGCUGUUUCAGGUUUCAGGUGGCAACACUGUAGGGGGUGACCCAGGCCAAGACCAAGGCGAGGCGGUAACCACACAAGUCAACACGCACCUUGUACACCACACGCAGGGCCCAGCACCACACCGGCCAGCCACACGACAGCCAGGUGACAACAGCCACCACACGGCCCUCCCCGCGGCGGAGACACCGGAGGGGCCGCCGCCAACCACCGGCUGCUGGCAGAGGCAGCACAAGGCACCGGAGAGGGCGAGGAGGGAGGUGCUGGCCGCCCUCCCCGCCGCGCCAGGCCGAGGUGCAGGUGCGUGCUGCCACUGCCCGGGGGAGCUGUUUGUGGAUAAGGAUCUGGAUCUGGACAUAUGAUGCGCAGGACACCCGUACAGAUUACAGACCAUGAAGGCCUCCAGUAGUCAUCACUUAGGCAGCCAGCAAAACAUUGGAGCCUCUUAUUCAUGGCUCUAAAUACCAAGUACAAAAGCUGAAGCUUCACAGAGCAAUGGCGAGUGGGAGUGAUGUCUCUCACACUCCAGGGAGAAGUGGAAGCAAUGGCCCGCACUCUAGAGGCAGCAGCAUGGCAGACAAAGCCUCCACACAUGCUGAGGAACUGCUCCCACUUGUGUUAAAUGAUGGGAGCCCCAGAGCCACUUCUACUUGUGGAGAAGCCCUUGUCCUUAACCCAAAGAAAAAACAGAAGACAUUUAAUGCCAAAUAUACCACUACCCAUAGCGUCUUUGCUGCCUCCACGCCCCCCACAAGAGCACCUGCUACCACAACCACCACUGUCACCAACACCAAGACACCCACCAUCACCACCAGGGAUCUCACCACCACCACCACCACAACAAAGGCAGCGACAUCAACACCACAAACCACCACUGCCCUUCAACACAAUGGCACAGCUGUAUCACCAAAGCAGGGAAGGAUGACAGCUGCUUCAUUCUUUGAGGUGGAAGAUGAUGAGACAGAAACACGAGGAACAAAGAGGAAGCGUGAAGCAUUGGAAUCUUCCGCCCCACCACUGACAGUUUCGCUUCAGAGUACAAAUACUGUUGUGGCUUCCCACAUUCCAAACCCCAAGAUUCUACCUGAAAAGAUUGUGCUUCUAAUUGACCGGCAAGAUGCUUACUUGAAAUCCUUUUACUAUCCGAAGGUUUCCCACAUUUAUGACAACAAAUUAAAUUUUGAAAAUGCUUUCUCCAUGAUCAAGAAGACUGGGAAUGUCUACAAGAACACACUCUUCGUGAUGCUAUGUGGAACCAUGUCAGCACUGAAGCGCGAGAUAAAUAAGGAAUGCCAUUUGUUUCUAUGCAAGGAGCCUCUGUACAACUACUGCCUGCAAGACUCCAGAGCACCAAAUCCUCAGGAACACCUCAUAAAUGAAGCAAAGGCCCUGCGGAAAAAGAUCACAGCUAUGGAAAACUGUGACAUCAUAUUCUCAGGCAUGUUGCCUGUGAAGAUUGACCGUGCCGAGGCGUACGAGGCAGAGAGACACUACAGCCAGACGGGCCACCAGGUGAGGGUCAACAGCAGCAGGUGUGAGGGGCUGUACAAUGGGCUGUGUGCUGGGCUGAGGGAGUUCAACAAAUGGGCUAAGGAAGAUGCAACAUUGCUUGGCUUUCCUAACUGGAGUCUUGUUGAUGUGUAUACUGCUGAUGACUCUAGUGCCCCAGAGAACAGUGACCAACACUACACAAACCUCAGAGAAGAUGGCAGCAGCUCUUCAAAUGGCAGCAGCAAAUCCCCCCCAGCAGAAUGUAGCAACCAACAACAUGCUGAGGAUGUCAUGAAGGACACCAGAAGCAUCCCCUCAACAGAAAGCCACAGACCCUCACAGGACAGCAUAACCCACACCACUGGAGAUAAUGAAAACCCCACAGAAAAUAGCAUCAGCCCCAACAGCCCUCCAGAAAGCUGCACCAGUCACCAGACCUUCACACACCCUACAGAGGCCAAUGGGGUGACCCUGACGAAGGAGUGCACGAUGAAGCGAUGCCUGGCAAUCAAGAAGAGAGUGGCGAAGAUCUUUGCCAGGGUUAUGAAGUUGAGAGGGACACAAAAACCACCUGUUGCUGAUGCCAAGAAGAAUGAUAAGGUGAAACCCAAGGCAAAGAGUCAGGGACCUGUAUCUCCACCCAGUGGCGGGGACGUGCAUGUGGUGGUGGUCGGUGACGCCAAGCACAACAAUGUUCUCCUCGACAUAAUAGACCCAUUUCUAUAUUAUAAAAAGGUGACUUUGAUAACACACCAGAAACUCAACCCAAGUGCCAUGGAAAACAUAGUUAAGAAGUAUAACUCCCAAGUCCCAAGGAGUGUAAACACUGUGUGGAUGCUCUGCUUUGGUUUACUUGACUUCAUUGACCUCAAAGAUUAUCCCAAGUGCUUAAAUAAUAAUAAGUGCAUAUCAAGUCUCCAAAGCCUCUCUGUAAAGAAGAGUGAGUGGGUUGGUAAUAUUGAGUGUAAGGUUAAGGAGGUGAUGAAUACUGUGAGUACAUUCAAGAGUCAACUGGAGAGUGGGAUUUUGUCCAGCGCCUUGCUGCUUGUAGUGCCUCCUGUGCCAAUAGCAGUGUUGGAUGGACAAACAUUCAUGGAUCAUCAAGAGCUACACAGUGUUGCUGAAACAUACAAACUCUUCAUAUGUGAUAAAAAAACAUAUGAUUUAAUAAAGAUGGUCUACUCUAGAUUAUAUGAAGUAUGGCCUGUUGUUUUUGGAAAGCUCGAAGAAGGUAUUUCUCUAAACCUAAUGACUGAGUACCUGAAUCGCUCCAAGAAGAUGUGCUCAAAACUGUUCGGCGGAGGUGCUGCCCAUGCCUGCACAUCUGGGAAUGAGUGGAAGAAAAUGAUGAAACAGGUGGUGAAAUUAGUUUUGGAGAAAUACCCACUUGUUUUGUCAGGGGUCAAGAUAUCAUCACAGCUUUCCAUUAUGCCAUUCAUAAGUCUCCUUGAGUCUUCAUCCCAGGUAGGAAAGAUGCUUUCUCUCCACUCACAGAAAAUGACGAACAAAGAGGACCGAGUUUUCAGACAGGUUGUUAUCAUUGGUGACCAGCUCCCUGCUGAGCUGGAUGAGCUGUGUUGUCAGUUCUCCAUACAUGUCGUGCCUGAGAGGGUAACACUGAAUAGAAGUGGCAGAACUGUAAUCCAAGAGUAUCAGAAGCUCUGGCCAAAAGAUACUCUAUGGGUCAUACUUGUAGAUAUCUUUCAUAUGGUUCCCAGUACUAAGCUUGAUCUAUGUGUGUCCCGCAAAUGCAAAGAAAUACUCCAAGUUUAUCAUUUGUGGGAUAUUCCUGGGGCAAUUAGCAAUAAAGAGAUGAAAGCCUGCUUUGCACAGAAAAUAGAAAGUUUCAUCACUAAUGUAAAGACAUUUACUGAGCUCUUGUCUGAGGACCUUGGAGACGGUUCUGCUGUGUUCCUGCCGCCCAUUACCCCUGUGUUCCUGUUGCACGAACCACAUAAUUGGAGACACGAAGACUUACACAGGUGGUACAAGCUCUGUAAAAAAGCUAUACCAGUGAUCAAUAAAAGGAAAAGAUGGAGAGUACUUUUCCAUGAUAUGAAGUGUGCCUGGCUGAAGAUGUUGGAACCACACUUAGCAAAAUAUCCCAUUCUAAUGAAAACACUGGACCUGUACAAGGAAGGGAAGGAAGACUGGAUCACAGCCUUAGGGAACUUUCUGGCUUACUUUGCCAGUGCUGAGAAAGACAUUGAUGAUGCUGUCUUUAGUGAUGCAGAAUUUUCAUCGGGGGAAGAAGCUGAGAUAGAGGAAGAGAAUACAGAAGACUUGGCAGGCCCAGCAUCCUCCCAGUACCCUAGCACUAUACAGUUCAACAACCCAUCAGUAGCACACACAUCCUGGGCAACACCAGCACCAGCACCCUCCCUUCACCCUGUCCCUCCCACAUUUGACUCAGCAUUUCCUCCUCACCCCAGGAUAGCAGUAAGGCAGGAUCUGCUGGACAAGCGUGACUUUACACCAACCAACCCUGGAAGCACUCUAGAAGGAACACAUUGGACUAUUGCUUCAGAGACCCCGGUGGACUUCCUUGUGACAAUAGAGAAUACCCAACAUGAGUCCCCGCAGCGAAGAGUCCUGCUUGAGACCCCGCGAAAAGUCCUGCAUGAGACCCCAAUAAACAUCCCGUGGACUUCAGGGAAUACCUCAGGAUUAAGUCCAAAAAGGACUUUACGAAAGACUCCAGUAAAUACCUCAAACAUUCCAGGUAACAGCUCACCAAAAGUACACCAGAAGACUGCAUUAAGAGCCCCAGCAGAGGCCUCAGUUCAGCAACACUGGGAUGGCAAGGAGAUCAUGAUGAUGAGGAUGGCACAAUGGCCACAACAAACUGGGCCAGAGAAAGAUCACCUCACUUCUAACACAGAAAAAGGUAGGCUUAGUCCCAGAGCAGAGGGAGGUCUGUUGAUUUCAAGGGCAAAUGAAAGUCAUCUUUCUCCCAAGACAAAGAAACAUAAAUUUAAUUCUGGAGGUCAGAGGACUUCAAAAACAAAAAUGACUGGAGUAAUUCCAAAAGCUUCUGGAAUAUUAAUGGCCGAGAUCACUUCUAAAGCAGAGAAAGGGCAGGUUUCUUUCAGAAAAAAGGAUAAACAAGCUAAUGGGUCAGAGGAAAAUAAAGUUACUGUCAAGAUAAAGAGACUAGAGUCACAAAGAAAAGAGAAAGAUCAGAUUCUCAGAGCAGAGAAAGACAAAAUUGUCAUCCAGGGUGAAGAUGUAACUUUGCCCAAGGAGGACAAGGCCAUGAUUGAAAGGGAUCAACACCUUCAGAGAUUUACACUUACAAAAGGUGUUGAUGCUGAGAUGAAUGAUGAGAAUGGGCAGUGGAUCAUCUUGUCGGAGACGGAGGAGGACGAUGCAGAUGCUUCGGAUGAGAACUUGGGUGACCCUGAAGACGAGUGCCCUAAAAACUUGUUGAAGGAGGAGCAGGAUGCUGUGUCAGUGGAGAAAGAGACUGUGAAUGACCAUAAAAAGGAUGCUAUCACUAAUGUAAUGAUUGCAGCUGAAAGGCAAUCUGUUGUCCCUAAUGCGAAGCCCACCAGGGACACCACUGCUUCAGGAACUCCAGAUACGAGUCACUCUGUAGUCUCUGAGGCUAAAAACUUACAGAGUAAGGACAGCAAAGACAACAAAACUUCAGCAGUGGUUCAAUACACAAAGGACAACAAUGCUGCCUCAUCAGCACUGGAUAAACACAGCAAGGAGGCCAACACAGACUCAACAAACAGACAGAAUAAAGAUAGCAACACCCACCCAACAGUGAGUGAACAUAGCAACACAGAACCAUCAGCUGAGAGUAAAUAUAAGAAAAUUAAUACAACCCCAGCAAAGGCUCAACACACCAAGAGCAGUCACACACCUGUAUCAGCAUGGGACAAAACUUCUAACACACCCCAACCAACAAUUGGUACACCCAUGAAGAAAGGCAACACAGCUUCACCAAUAGUGGACAAAAAGAAAAGCAGCAACACAGCUUCACCAUUAUUAAAGAAAAGCAGCAACACAGCUUCACCAUUAUUAAAGAAAAGCAGCAACACAGCUUCACCAAUAGUGGACAAAAAGAAAAGCAGCAACACAGCUUCACCAAUAGUGGACAAAAAGAAAAGCAGCAACACAGCUUCAUCAAUAGUGGACAAAAAGAAAAGCAGCAACACAGCUUCACCAAUAGUGGACAAAAAGAAAAGCAGCAACACAGCUUCAUCAAUAGUGGACAAAAAGAAAAGCAGCAACACAGCUUCAUCAAUAGUGGACAAAAAGAAAAGCAGCAACACAGCUUCACCAUUAUUAAAGAAAAGCAGCACCACAGCUUCACCAUUAUUAGAGAAAAGCAGCAACACAGCUUCACCAAUAGUGGACAAAAAGAAAAGCAGCAACACAGCUUCACCAUUAUUAGAGAAAAGCAGCAACACAGCUUCACCAAUAGUGGACAAAAAGAAAAGCAGCAACACAGCUUCACCACUAUUAAAGAAAAGCAGCAACACAGCUUCACCAAUAGUGGACAAAAAGAAAAGCAGCAACACAGCUUCACCAUUAUUAGAGAAAAGCAGCACCACAGCUUCACCAAUAGUGGACAAAAAGAAAGGCAGCAACACAGCUUCACCAUUAUUAGAGAAAAGCAGCAACACAGCUUCACCAAUAGUGGACAAAAAGAAAGGCAGCAACACAGCUUCACCAUUAUUAGAGAAAAGCAGCACCACAGCUUCACCAUUAUUAGAGAAAAGCAGCACCACAGCUUCACCAUUAUUAGAGAAAAGCAGCACCACAGGGUCACCAUUAUUAGAGAAAAGCAGCACCACAGCUUCACCAUUAUUAGAGAAAAGCAGCACCACAGCUUCACCAUUAUUAGAGAAAAGCAGCACCACAGCUUCACCAUUAUUAGAGAAAAGCAGCACCACAGGGUCACCAUUAUUAGAGAAAAGCAGCACCAUACCUUCACCAUUAUUAGAGAAAAGCAGCACCACAGCUUCACCAUUAUUAGAGAAAAGCAGCACCACAGCUUCACCAUUAUUAGAGAAAAGCAGCACCACAGCUUCACCAUUAUUAGAGAAAAGCAGCACCACAGCUUCACCAUUAUUAGAGAAAAGCAGCACCACAGGGUCACCAUUAUUAGAGAAAAGCAGCACCAUACCUUCACCAUUAUUAGAGAAAAGCAGCACCACAGCUUCACCAUUAUUAGAGAAAAGCAGCACCACAGGGUCACCAUUAUUAGAGAAAAGCAGCACCAUACCUUCACCAUUAUUAGAGAAAAGCAGCACCACAGGGUCACCAUUAUUAGAGAAAAGCAGCACCACAGCUUCACCAUUAUUAGAGAAAAGCAGCACCAUACCUUCACCAAUAGUGACUGAAAAAACUAGCAACACAGCCCCAUCAGCAAUGGAUAACAAGAACAGCAACAUAAUCCCAUCAGUUGCAGAUGAAAACAAGAAGGGUGGUGAUGGAUCCUCACCAGCGCUGGUUAGCCACAGCAGGAGUAGCAGUACAGCGCCACCAACUGCAGGUAAAAACAACAAAAACGUAACCCCACCAACACAGGAUGAAAAUGCUGCCAUAGCCUUAACAUUGGAUGAACUCAGCAAAAAAAGCAAUACGACCCCCAAAGCAUUGAAUAAACACAGGAAUACAGCCUCACCAGCAUUGAACAAGCCCAGCAACAGAGCCCCAUCAGCACUAGAUGGGCCCAUUGAGGACAGCAGCCCACCUAUGGCACAGUUUCCUUGCCUUGCCAAGCCCCAGAGUACCCACAAUAAGACUGAUAAUUAUGAAGCCUCAGCUGAGCAGGGCAUUCCACCUGACCCACAAGAGACUGAGGAAGACCUCUCUUAUGUGGAAGUCUUGAGUAACACCAACUCUGUGGAGAUAAUCAUCCUGACCAGCUCUGAUGAGGAACAAGAAAGUCUGGGUUAUUAUCCUGAAGAUUGUCAGUCCAUGAGAGUUCAAGCCAUCCCUCAGAUUGGCUCUCAACCAUGUGGUGAAAGCCUCAAUAGUCCCAACGAGUGCAGCUUUGUAGAAAGUGAAUUGUUGCAGGAAGACUUUUGUGGAGCUGUUGUUACAGAGACUAAGUCUGUGAUGGGUGGCAGUCCUGGUGGUGGUGACAGGGGCAGCAGCCAGCCACUAGGGAGGAAGAGGAAGCUGUCAUUUUCCAACAGAUCCUCAGAUUCCCUCAGUUCUUCCUCUACUAGUAGCAGCUCUGACUUGAACUCGAUGGAGGGCUGCCUCAGGGGGUUGUGGGAGCAGCUGAGAGGGACGUCCCGGUUGUUGUGGCACACUUAUUUGCUGACCCCAGAAGCCCACCCAGACUUUGAAGAAAAGCUCACGGCAUUCAACACACAGUACAAAGAAAGCAAUGGAGGAGCAGCACAACAGGACCCAGAACACCGUGAGAAAGCAUGGAGAGUUUUCUGGAGGGAUUGGGUGAAAAAGGAGCUGCAGGAGGAGAAGCAGAAGAGUGAACUGCUUUAUGAGAAAUUCAGAACUGUGAUAGAGAAUUCUCAAAGAGCCAGUGGAGAAAACCAGCCUAAGCAAGCGAAGGUCAAUAAAGAAAAUCACACGCUUGAAGGUGACUGUGCCAACACUAAUGCUGGUGUUAUUCAGGAGGAGGAUUAUUGUAUAGUACUUGAGUCACCUCCAGGAGUUAAUCAGAAGUCAUCAUGUGUCUCUAGUAAUAUACUAUCACAGUUACCUUCAAGUACUGACCAGGCAAGGUGCACAUCAUUAUCAGUUUCUCCAAUUAAAUCAAAGCAAUUAGCCCCCAGUGUUGAUUUACGGAAGUCCAAGUCAAGAAAAAGAAAGAAAAAAAGAAAAACCUCAUCCAGCCUUAACAGCUGCCUUGCUCAAAUGUCUCGCUGCCAUCAGAUGAUAUCAAACAUCAGCAGUGCAGCUCUGGAGAAUGAAACAGCACCCCACAAUCCAUCUCUCAACACAAAAGCAACAGAAAGCUGCAAGAGAAGGGUUCAUCUGAUCCUGAGGUGCUUUAAAAUGGUGUCAGAAUUUGGUGUAACACUUGGAGCUCAGUCUCUCGCUGUGGUCCCCAUCAUCAAGGCUGUGUUGGAUGUAGGAGUGCAGUCAGACAAAGUUUUAGACAUCCUGUCAGAGCCAAACAAUGUAAAUGUGAUGAAAAUGUGCUCAGAUAAAUUUAGACAGACAGGCGAGCAAGCCAAAGGGGCAUAUCGAGAAAAACUGCUCCAGUGCAACUCUGACAUUGAUGAACUUAUUGAGAACAUUUCUGCCCGUGUCCUGAGCCAGGAGAUGAUUGAGGGCCUACACAUUCCAACCAUUGCCAAGAUGACAGCACAGAAGGAUACGUCCUCUGUCCUAGAGUUUGUCAGAGAAGCAUUAGCGAUGAGGAAUGUGCACAAUCCUCCCAAGAGUUUGGUAAAUAAAUUGUUUAUGGCUGUCUCCACACAACACUCCAUCAUGGCCACUCAGAGCUCACCAGAAAUAGAACAGACAACACUAGGCACUAGUUAGUAUUGUUAAGCUUAAACUGAACACACACACACACACAUUGAUGAACAAAGUAACAGACAAUUACAUAUUGACACUAUGAACAUAGUUGGGAAUUUUUUCCCUUUCCCCCAGUAUUGUAUUAUUAGAGAUGGAACUGUUUCUUGGUUUACAGUUUGUCAGAGGAGUAGUGAGAGGAAGUUAUUUUUUUUCAGAUGUGCCACUGAAUACAUUGCUUUAUGUACACAAAGCAUAAGAGAAAAAUAUGAUUUUUAGUUGUUUCAGAUGAUUAUUAAGUAUUUGAUGUGCUAGUCAAAGCCAUGGCUGGAGCAGGGAAGGAAAGGCUGCAGCCACAGGAAGUAUUACCUCUACACACCAAUACUGAAGUGGAUAAUGUAAGCUGUUAUAGUGUACAUAUUUACUUGCUGUCAUGAAGGUGCAGAAAGAAGAGUUUUAAGUCCUCAAAAUGAAUUAUUAACUUCUGUCAGAUUUUCCCAUGCUCUGAUAGAAUGAUGUAAAUAACAGCCUUGUGAUGAGCUCACUUCUCAAGCAUGAAGGAAUGAAUGACACGAGAGUAUAAAGCCUUUAUGAUACUGUGUGCCAUGAUCUCUCCUUUGUACUAGAAGUUUUUCUCAUGUUCAAGAUAUGCACCUUAAUACAUUUUGAGUUAUGUUCAUGAUGCAAGAACUGAGAAAAGAUAUGUAUGCUGGUGAACUAAGCAUAAAAGGAGGAUGGGGAGACUAGGAGUGUAAUGUACUGACUUGAUUGGUAGGUUAAGGAAAAGGGCAGAGGGGCAGGGAGAGUCAUGCCCCAAUGACCAUUUACUGAGGCUUAUAUAAUACCAUGUUUAUGUACUAUGUGAGGUGCUCCUGCAUGCCUUGAUUACUCGGGAGGCAUAAUAAAUUAUGUGAAGGGGUCAUUAUUUUUGAUAAACGAUUUUCAUAUAAUCCAG